AUGCACAACACCAACUCGCCUCCGCUUUCAGAGGCCAAUGUGGCCCACACAAGGACGGUCAAUGGACUUGCGUUUACGCCCGAUGGAUUGCACCUGGUCAGCACAGGACACGACGAUAAGAUGCGACUCUGGAAUCUUUACACGGGCCAGAACACUCUGACCAACUAUGGGACAAUGAUCCGGAACCAAUUCGUGUAUAACCUGGUGCCCGUGAUCUCGCCCAUGUCCGCAGGGUCCCCGACGUAUGUCUUCUAUCCGUCCAAUGAUCGGUCGAUCUUGAUGUAUGACCUGAUGGAUGGCUCGCUUGUGAAGCGCCUGACGGGUUCCUUUGGGAGGAUAACUGCUCUCGCAUGGAGGCCAAGGACACAGGAGAUUUACAGUGCCGGAAAUGACCACGAUAUCCUCGUCUGGGGGCCAAAGAAUGUGAAUCGGGAUAAUGCAUUACAAGCCAUGGCCGACCUAGAUACUUGGUCUGAUAGCGAUUGA